AUGGCUUCUACACGUAACACCACACUCCGCGGCACUGCAUCUGCGUUCUGCGCAGCCUUGAUCUCACCCCCUCCGCCAUCUGAGCUGUUAUCGCAGUAUUUUUCUAGCGAGCCUAAAAUCACUGAGCAUGGUCCUGAGUGGUCUCGCUCGCGACUCCCUUUCCUCGCUAAGACAUUCACGGGCAAAGAUGGCUGCGAGGAAUACUUCAAGCUAAUGACUGAGACCCUCGAGAUGGCUUUGGAUAAGGACGCAUUUCCAAAUGCGAAAGAUUUCAUCGUUGAUGCCAACGCUGGAAUGGUGAGUGUGGUGGGCAAGGGACACUUCUCGAGCAAAAAGACAGGCAAGGGCUGGGAUGAGCAGUUCAUCUAUAGAUUCAGCGGCUUUGAUGAGAAAGGAAAGAUGGGUCAUUGGGAGAUCUGGGCAGAUCCACUCAGUGCUUGGGACGCUGUUGGCGAGUAA